AACCCAUGCCAGUUUAGGUCUUUUCAUAGAGCAAAGGGAAAGGGGACAAGCGGCUUAGGGUUUCUUUAUCGGUGUUACGCUAAGAAUUAAGGGAGAGGGAUCACCUCCUUGGCACCAAUUGUUGAAUUGUACUGAAAUUCAUGGCAACAGACGAGGAAUCGAAGCCUCUGAAUUACAUACCAGAGGUGGUAUUGAAAAAGAGGAGGAACAACGAGGAAUGGGCGAUCAGAAGAAAACUGCAGUUAGAAGAGAGGGUCAAGCGUCUCAAGUCCGACAAUUUCGUCAUCAAGAAGCCAGAUCAAUUUAUCAGAGAAUACCGCGACAAAGAAUUGGACCUCAUUCAAAUGAAGCAAAGAGGAAAGCGAAAAAGACCAGCAUUGGCAACACCAAAAUCCAAGCUCCUAUUUAUCAUACGCAUAGGAGGAAAACAGGAUAUGCACCCCAAAACUCGAAAGGUUCUAUACUCUUUGAGAUUGAGGAAACUCUUCAGUGGAGUGUUUGUUAAGGCAAAUGAAGCAAUGAUAGAGCGUUUGCAAAAAGUGGAGCCUUAUGUGACUUACGGAUAUCCUAAUCUGAAGAGUGUAAAGGAUUUGAUUUACAAGAAGGGGGUAGCUAAAAUUAGCAAGGAGAGGGUUCCUUUAACAGACAAUAAUGUCAUUGAACAGGCAUUGGGUCAGCAUGGCAUUUUGUGCAUAGAAGACAUUGUGCAUGAAAUAGCUAGUGUUGGUCCACAUUUUAAGGAGGUUGCCAAAUUUUUGUGCCCCUUCAAUCUCAACAAACCUGAAAAGGCAUUGCAAGGUAAGAAACGAAGAUUUAAGGAUGGUGGAGACUCGGGAAGUCGUGAGGAUCAGAUUAACGAGCUGAUUAGUAAGAUGAAUUAGCAUAAGCAAAUGAGUACUUUCUAAGAGAUCAAUGUUGUUUAUUUAUGCAAAUCAUGUAGUGUUUGGAACUGAAACAAGGACCUACUUUCAGAGCAUCUCAAUUUUGAUGUUUUUAUUAUUAACUGUUUAUGUUUACUGUCAGUUCGUUACAGUUGGAAUAUUUUGUGACAUUUGAAAUAGCACAUCAGUUAUGAGGCUGUUGCUUUCA